AUGGCUCAGGUGGCCACGGGUACAAUCAAUUUUCAGCCUUGUCCGGAGCUCAAUGCAAAUAUAAGUGCGAUUAAUGGAAAGCCAGGAACCCCUUUCGACUGCGCUCAGCUUUCGGUACCUCUGGAUUAUACUGAUCCCGCAUCACCACCCCUUAACCUUAGCAUAUUCAGAGUCAACGCCACUGAGAGACCAGUACUGGGGAGCGUACUCAUAAAUUUUGGCGGCCCUGGUGGAACAGCAGCUGAUGGUCUCCCUGUGUCCGCUGAGACAGCUCGAGAAUACAUCGGUCCCCAAUGGGACCUCGUGUCUUGGGAUCCUCGCGGGACAGGGUACACCAUUCCCUUCAAUUGUAGCAUUGGCUCUAUGACGGGUACGGAAGUGAUUGCGAGCAAGCGCGAUCUCGGCAACUUGGCUGGUACGAACCUCACCGAGCUUUUCCUUGCGAGUGGAUGGGAUCAUGCAGGUCAGAUCGCCGACUACUGCUUUGACCAAGUGGACCAUGAGAUAGGUUCCUUGAUCGGCACCGCCUUCGUGGCCAGGGACAUGAUCGAGAUCGUUGACGCCUUGGGCGAGGACGGCCUCCUGCGUUUCUAUGGCUGGUCUUAUGGCUCGGCUCUCGGCGCGUACGUUGCGGCGAUGUUCCCUGAACGCGUUGAUCGGAUGGUGCUGGAUGGGAACUUGAACCCCCAUGACUACCAGUCUGGCACCUAUCAGGACCUUCCAACGGACACGGACGAGGCUUUUGCCGGUUUUCUAGAGACCUGUUUCAACGUCACCGACGACUGUGCGUUGUAUUCUCUAGUACAGCCCAACACAACACAAGAUCUCCUGAAUGCCAUCAACAACCUUCUAGAGCCGCUUGCCCAGAACGCUACUUCAAGCGCCGAAGCCUUCCAAACCUAUUUUAGUUUCAAGAGUAUAUUCAUCCAACCGCUCUACUACCCGAAACAAUGGCCCGCGUUCGCUCAGACCCUUGCAGACCUACUAGGUGGGACAAUCGAUUUGAGUGAGAGCGACACUCCACCAGUUUAUGGCGAAGCUGCGUAUGCCGUUGUCGGUAUACGCGCCAGCGAUGCCACGUUCCACGCAAACUCCAGCGACGAGUAUCUGCCCUUCGUCGAGCAUGCGGGAAAGAUCAGUCCUAGCUUCAGCGACAUCCUUUACAACGUCUGGCCCUCCGCGCGCUGGAGAAUGCCAGCCAAGGAGCGCUACUGGGGAGAUUUCCGCGCAACUACAAAGACCCCGAUUCUGUUUAUCAACGGCAUGUUCGAUCCAGCCACGCCCUUAGUGAACGCCUACAAUGCAAGCACCGGGUUUGAGGGUAGCGUUGUGCUGCCCCAUACAGGCUAUGGUCACGGUAUCCUGGUGAGUCCCUCGACGUGCGUGGCCGGAUAUAUGCAAGCGUAUUACAAGAAUGCCUCAUUACCCGGCGGCAACGUGACUUGCCUGUCGGACAUGACCCCAGUUGAGUGGUGGAGGAGUAUUGUGCAAGAAUCAGCGGGGAACUCUGCCUCUGGGGAUGGCGGCAACAGCACAAACAGCGAUGAAGGCGCAGAAGGUGUUGAAGGUGGAGCAGGCGGUCGGAGCGGCAGUCUCGUGCUCGCAAUCAUGGCUGGAAGUUUGGCCGUUGCAGCGACAUCUUGCCUGUAG